AUGGGUGCCGGUGCGCUGUACGGCUUCAUCGAGGCAGAUGCGGGCCAACGGGUGGUGGCCUUUUGUGGGCCCAGCGGCGCCAUGCGCCUUGCCAUGUCCUCUUCGGCCUUGUUGCCCAGCCUCUGCUUCGAAAACCUGAGAGUGGCUGCGGCCAAACUUGUGUGGACUGGACCGCGGAGGGAGCCCUCCUCAUCUGGUCUACUUGACGUGGAGGCCAUGAGAGAAGCUGUAACCACAGCUGCUCCUCAGCUCCUGCCGGCUGACGGGACUUGGCUGAGGUACUUCUGCUGGAUGAGUUCCGGCCAUUCUGUCGAAGGGGUGGACCGCCUUGUCUCAGAAGCAGCGCGUCCUGAGUCCGCCGACCUCGCUGCAGCAGCUUCCGUUUGGGCGGCUGCAUUCGGGAAACAGGCUCUCGCUGACUUCUUGGAGAGGCUUUCUGCCAGCUGUGAGACAUCGCGUAUGUCCGCGGCGUUGCGGCCGGCUCUUCGUCUGCGCCGAGAAGGUCGGGAGAGGCAUGCAGACGAGGAUGAGUUCUUCAGCCACAUCUUCGACGGCCACGUGGCUGGUGUGAUUUUAGACCUGGCUGGCGGCGCAGAUGUGGAGGCAACAGGCCCUGCCAUUCACCAAGGCGACGUCGGUUGCUGCAGGUGGACUCCGCUUGCUGCUGCCGCAGAGAUUUCAGGUCGACGCAAACAAGGUGCAGUCAUUGCCGGCUUGCUCUUGGCAGCCCGUGCACGUGUCGACCGGAAGUGCCCGGGUCCGUGCGGAUGGACACCACUGAUGCGGGCUGCGAGCUGUGGGGCAAGUGCGGCGGCGACGUUGCAGCUGCUAAUGCGGGCCGGAGCCGACGUUCGCAUUCGGCAUGAGAACGGAAGUACCGCCCUGGAAAUGGGUGACAAGGCCGCUGCUCGCAUCCUCCGCGAGGCGCGCGACUCCCGCAUGCUCGCCGCGCCGGCGUCCGCCGGGCCCAAAGGCACAGGGAGGCCCACCGCGGAGUCGCAAGGCAGUUUUUCCCGCGGUCGCGCAGGACCAAGGAAUGCUCUGGCUUUAGCUCACGCUGGCCGCGCUGGCCAUGGAGCGAAGGCAAAGUCUGCUGGGCGCGGUUACUUCCAAAAGGCGCAGACUUGA